UUCCGGGUGCUGUGGUCACACCAUGCGUAUAAAAGCUCCACGGUACAGGUGCAGUCAGACUUGAGUUCUGAAGCGAGGCACCAGCAUGCUGAGAGUGACCGUGAUUCUCCUCGUCCUCGCUGCCCUCAGCGCGGGCAUCAGCGCUCAAACCAGCGACGCGGCAAGUGAUUCUGCAGACCCGACAUCAUCUGUUCCCGAUGCCACGUUCCCAGAUGAACCAGCUGAAAGCAGUGAUGAGUCAAGUGAUUCUGCUGUGAGCAGCGAUGAGUCAAGUGAUUCUGCUGGGAGCAGCAAUGAGUCAAGUGAUUCUGCUGGGAGCAGCAAUGAGUCAAGUGAUUCUGCAGACCCGACAUCAUCUGUUCCUGAUGCCCUGUACCCAGAUGAACCAGUUGAAUAUGGCAAUGAGAUAUUUGAUUAUGCUGAUUCUUCGGGGGAUUAUGGUGAAGCUUAAGAUGACAAGAAAGAUGUAGAAAAGCUGCUUCUCCUUGCUGUUUUGUACCUGUCUUGCACAUUAAUUUCCAUCAUAAAUUUCACCAUACAACCAUUUUUUUACUCUUUCCUGUAGUCACGUAAUAAACUCAAUAAACUAGCAAUGAGCAUUA